AUGGCAGUGCGGAAAAACCUGUACAAGUUCCUCUGGAGUCUCUUGACCAAGAAAUACAUUGAUGGCGAUUUCAACGAGCCACUGCUGUUGUGGAUCGAUGCCAUAUGUAUUGACCAAACGAAAAGCGAGGAGAGGAAUCAUCAGGUCUCCCAGAUGAGGCUCAUUUACGAGAACGCCCAUGAAGUCAUCGCCUGGCUUGGUGAAUCUGAUCUAGACUCAGAAAGGGCCUUUUUCCAGGCUCAAGAGCUAUCCGGAUAUGAGCCCGAACAGAUCAAAAAGGUAACCGCAGCCAACAUAUAUCAGUUGUCAAGGCGGGAACGAGGUUCUAGAAUUCGCGAUUCUUACCGACAGAAAUUUGAUGCAUCCGAUUCCCUCCUCAAACUCGCCUCGAGGAGCUAUUGGCGCCGAAUAUGGAUCGUCCAAGAGAUCCUCGUUUCCAAUGACUGUCAAAUCCUAUGCGGCACGGCCAUGCUUCCGUGGAAGGUGUGGGCAAUCGCACUCCAGACCGCCAGUUUCGAGGACCUUGAUUACUUCCAACGCGCUUCCUUCAGAUACAACCCUGCCUCAUUCAUAGUAGAGCAGUGGUUUACGCGGCAAGAAGAUCCCGAGGCUAUGGGUAUCUUCGACUUGGUCCACAAAUUUCGAGACUCCCGCGCCUCAGAUGUACGUGACAAAGUAUAUGCCUUGCUCGGAAUCGCUGGAGAUGGGAAUCAUAUCAAGGUCGAUUACAAUGCCCCGGUCAGCCACGCCUUGUUGCAAGUCCUUGCAUCCUCUGCCUGGGGCUUCGGAGACGAAGAGUUGAUGGACCUGUGCAAAGUCUUGGAGGUAAACAUGUCCAGUCUUUAUGCCGCUGUGGAACCGGUGGCUCGACUGCGAUCCUUGUCAGAAACUACUGGCAAAGAUACACACCUUCUCCCGAAUCAGUACGACGAUCUUGUCGAGUAUCUCCGAGCCGUCGGCGCAAUGCAAAUCCAAAACAUUCGAGAAACCCGACAAGAUGAGCUGGUCGAAUGGUCGAGACUUGAUCGAGUCAAGUAUUGCGACUGCCGCUUGUGCAAGCACCAGUGGGAGGACACACGGACGCCUUCGGGAACCAACUUCCUUGUGGCUAAGACCCUCGUGCGCUCCGUGGCGAGACCUGCAGGCCGACGUGGCGGUGCUACUGUACGCACCCGCUCGCCGAUGGUGGUCAUUUGUACAUGCGACAACCCUAACGAUCGCACCGGAGCUGGCCAGAUGUACGUUGCCUCUGGUAUAUUCCUGCCAUACUCGAUGUCGCCGAGAGACGGUGGAUGCGAAGGUGUGGAUGAACCCAAUCAUGAUGACAAGGAAGUCGACUACUUUUUGUUGUUGUACCACGACCCACAGAUGCAACGGUCAGAUAAGGAGCACCCAGGACGUUUGUUCAACCCGUGGCUCGGGAAGUCGGCUCCAACUGGCGGAAGCAUUGAGGUAGAUUCCCCGUCCUCUCAAGCAUUCGACGAUCUGCUUCUGUGGGACACGGUCAACGGGGCCAACUUACCAUCAGACCUUGCCUGGCCCGAAGCAUACUCAAUCACUCAGAGCCUCCUCUUCUACGCACAUGCCAUCGACUACACCUGCCCAUCCACACCGACGAUGAAUGUACGAUCCCCUCUUGGCCCACAGGCGGCAACUAUGAAAGGCCUUCGCAGAGCUACCCUCAGAAUCGAUCCAGCAAUCAGCCACCCCCAACCUCUCGGCGGAAACGCCCUCCACUCCACCGACCACGCCCAGCCCCUGACGAGAACCCGGCGUUACGCCUUUCUCGGCUUCCCCUCCGACGGCAAAGCCACCCUCGUCCGCAACUAUCCGAAAUUCUUCAUCGAAGUCGAGUCCAUGCGCGACUGGUUCUCUUCUCUGACCGAGAGCGAACGCAUUGCCGUCUUCUUCACGCUGCUCCAGCAGAAAAAUACGGCUCAGACGGGACAUCAGCCGCCUGUGAGGGCAACGGCCGCUGUAGGCACACGCAACGAACACUUCUCCGAAGACGUUGGCGCCGUGGAUCAGUGGUUCAAGGUGCUGGCGCCGGACCACCGCACGGCGGUGUUGCACGCAUUUAAGGAGGAGGCUGGGGAUGUUCAGCAGCGUUUCUUUGCAAGGGCUUUGGGGUGA